CCUAAAACUAAAUAAACCUGGCCCAUUGUUCCACUAGCCUCGAGUCUUCCGGCUCACACCAACAAACCACCCCAAUGAUCUCGCCCCUUUCCUUUCCCACCCAACCCUAACCUAACCCACCCUCCCAACCACCGAUCAUCAUGGCUUCCGACGACGACGAUCACAACGCCACCGUAUACACUGACGAACAAGAUUUCGAAGAAGAAGACGCUGAAGCCGACGACCUCAUCGACGACGAAGAACAAACUCACCAAAUCGACGACGAAGAAAACGAAGACGUCGACCUCAUCGAUGACGAUGAAAACGCCGAAGACGACGAUGAUGAAGAAGAAGACGCUGAGGAAGACGAUACAGAUUUAAUUUCCUCCGCCGGCGCCGGUGACGGAGAUGUCACCGUUGCCGGAUUUCCUCCAGCAACCGUAACAAAUUCGACGGUAACGGCCUUGCAACAGAAUCAUAACGGUAAUUCUGUUACAACAGAAAUUGCGAAAAAACCGGCAUUGGAUGGUUCUAGAAGGUUAUUUCAAAAGUUAUGGACAGAUGAAGAUGAAAUUGAAUUAUUACAAGGAUUUUAUGAAUAUAUUUCAGAAAGAGGUUUUAUUAAUAGUAAUCAUCAUCACGAUACGACGGCGUUUUAUGAUCAGAUUAAAGGAAAAUUACAGUUAGAUUUUAAUAAGAAUCAGUUGGUUGAGAAACUUAGGAGGUUGAAAAAAAAGUAUAGAAAUGUUUUGAGUAAGAUUAAUGCAGGGAAAGAGUAUGUGUUUAAAAGUCCACAUGAUCAAGCUACUUUUGAUUUGUCAUGUAAGAUUUGGAAUGAGGGUGUUUCGGUUUGUGCUGUGCCGGUUUCGGCUGUGGCGGAUGGCGGUUUUGAUGAUGAGGAGAUGGUUAAUGUGGAUGGAAAUGUGAAUGUAGGUUUUAAUUUGAAUGAGAAUAAUGGGACCGAAAUUGGGGAUUCCGGAAGUUUGGAGAAGAAAGGGUCGCGGUCAAGGAAAAGGUCGAGGUCUACGCCGGGGGCGGUUAAAGUUGAAGAGAAUUAUGAUCAGAAACAGACGCAGUACGGGCAAGGUGUUGGGGUGGGGGUUUCUAAUGUGGUGACGCCGAAUGUGGUUGAAGAGACGGUGAAGAAUUGUUUAUUGCCGUUGUUUAGGGAAUUGGUAAAUAGUUCGAUGAAUGGGGCUGGGGGUUUCGGGUCGGGGAUAGGUGGGAUGAAUAUGGGUGCGUUUGGUGGUGGGUCGCUGGGUUUUCAGAUAGGGGAUAUGAAUGAUGUGAAAUGGAGGAAGCAACAAAUAUUGGAAUUGGAGGUUUAUUCAAAGAGAUUAGAAUUGAUGCAAGAUCAGAUUAAGUCGAAGUUGGAGGAGCUCAAGUCGAUGGGGAGCUGAUAGAAAGGGUGUUAAGCCUUUGGAUGCUAUUUGUGAGUGAUUUCUAGAGUUCAUAUAAUUAAUUUUCUUGUUUUUGAGCUUAUUAGUAUUAUAAAAUGGUGCAUAAUAAGGCUGGGUUUACUAAUAUGUUUAGUGUUUUAUCUUUUUUUCUUAUAAUGUUAUGCUAUGAAAUAAUGUUAGUUUGAAGCUUCUAGCCUUUCUUGUAUUGUGAUGGAAUUAACAUAGUUGAAAACUAAUAAUUCUAUUUAUUAAGUGCCUGUUCACCAAAUAUUCAAUGAUGGUUCUUUCUUUGUCCGUACUUGAUUCUCCGUGGCUAUUUUUUAACUAUCAAUUUCACUGCGGAGUUGCUUUGUUCCCUUCUUUGACAAAUCCGGAGAUAAAACUAUGCUACAAUCUAUGAAUUUGCUAAGGUAGAUACAAACAUUGCAAUAUGUGGCACCCAUCUUAGUGUUAUCCAUAAACUGUAACAUAGUUUUUUGUCCCGAUUUUCAUCAAAGAAUGGGAACAAAGCAAUUGUCAGUGGAAGUGAUAGUUUAAAAAAGGGUAUUGGAGAAUCGAGUAUGAACAAAGAAAGAACCAUCAUUGGAUGUUUGGUGAACAAGCACUUGAUAUAGAGAAUAUUUAAUUUUCAGCUAUUGCUUAAAGGA